UGUAUCAUUGUACCUGAAUAUACUAAAAUGCUAGUUAGAAUACCUCUACACGACAGAAGAUUCAUCUGUUUUUCAUAUCUCAAACUACUUCAUGGAGUCGCUUGAGGAUCUUACCAGACAUGUUCGAUCGAUUAGUGCAGUUUUGCAACGUAUUUGAAGAAUUUUCCACCUAUCUCCUCCAGUUUGGCAGACGAAUCCGCGACGCCCCGGAGACGAGCAUCACAAGCCAUAUGCGCCUGCAUACAGACAAGAGUUCAGUCUUUGGUUAUGAGAUAUGUUACAACAUUAAGCAUUUCGAGUUGCACGGCCGAGAGCUUAAAGACCCUUGGUCAUGUCGGCAUGCUGCGUUUUACCAAUGCUAUUCGUCAGCUGAGCAUUCAUCAACCUGGAUUAUCAUUCAAGGGCCAUCGAAAAUCCAGUCCUUUAUUGAACAAUCUGUUUCAGCUCAGGCUUCAGUAUUACCCACCCAUCAUGAGCAUCCGCUCUAUCAGCAUGUCCAGUUUAUUAGAUUGCUUGAGCGAAAUUGGACAAGCUAUUUGAUUACCUUGGAGGAGCAGCGUCGUAAGACUAGCGACAAAAUUCUAUUCCUCAGCUCCUGUAAAAUCUCGGUCGAGCUCGAUUGCAAUAAUCGAAGGGAUAAUAAGCGUGAUCAACACAGUUGAUAACCUAUGCAACCUACUACAGAAUCAUAAAAAUCAAGGAUCCCAAUUUCCCUUAUCUCCAGACUUGUCAGAUCUG